ACCCAGUUGAGUGAGAUUUCCGCAUAAAGAGCAAGACCUUGAACCAGGGAACAAGUUUGCGUAAAUCAUCAAAGGCCACUGUGCCUUUUAUACCGUAUUGUGUAAAUACACAUCGAUAUUCACAUGAGUGUUGUCUUUGUGUGGCUGUUGUAGAUGUCCCGUUGUUGUCACAGCCGUGUUUACAUUACCUACGAGUGGCUGAAGAUAAGUGCGCUGUGAGACACAAUAAUUGCUGUGUCGUUACGUCCUCGGGUUUUAUGCGACCAUACGAACCAUGUGCCGAUGGACUGCGAUAUCAUGCUGGUGGACUAUUAUUUUGGUUCUCGUGGCGCCGAGUCAACACUGGUCCGUGUUCAAUAUGUGGCCUGGCUUUGGGCAAUCGCCAGUCAAGGGGAAUAAACAACAACUUUUUCCGAAUCGAGAGAUAGAGCCCAGAGUUCUAAACUUUUUUCCCGUACCCGUCGAGGAAGAGUGUCGGUCUGAAGAUCAACGUCGACGUGGAAUAUGCAUGAACACAUACGAGUGCCGAAUUCAACAAGGAAAAUCACAUGGACCAUGUGCUCUAGGUUUUGGUGUUUGCUGUGUCUUCACAGCGAGUUGCGGCGGCGAGGUGAUCAACAAUUUGACCUACGUGAUAAGUCCUGGUUUUCCAAACCUUAUCGAUCAGCCUAUGAAUUGUUCAGUGGUUAUAAAAAAAAUUGAGUCGCAAGUCAGCCAGAUGAGAAUCGACUUCAUCCACUUCAAUAUUGGUCAACCGAAUUUACGAACUGGAGUCUGCGACGAGGACGUUAUGGAGAUCAGCAGCGAUGUGCGGACAUUCCAGCUGUGCGGUUGGAAUAGCGGUCAGCAUAUGUACGUGGACGUAACCGAUGGUCCGGUGACCCUAAAUCUGCGAUUGCCCCGCAAUAUUCAAUCACGCAUGUGGGAAAUGUCCAUAACCCAGUUGCCAUUUGAGCAACGGGCGCCAGCUGGCUGCCUCCAGUACUUCGACGGCGCCAAGGGAACCCUGAGAACCCUCAACUAUUUGCCGAACGGACGGUACCUGGCCAACCAGGACUACCUGAUUUGCAUCCGUCAGGAAAAGGGAUCCUGCAGCAUCGCGUACUUCCCCUGUACCAAUGACUCAUUUCGCAUCGGCCCGUCAAGGUUUCGUCGGCAAACUAACGGCAGUUCCACCAAUCAGCCCUCGCUGGAUGACGAAGGAUCUGGAACGGGACCCGUUGAUGACCCUAUUGUUGACGGGCUUCCAUUACGUCGCUGCGUCGAUCGGAUUCUCAUUCCUUGUGAUUUCGAGGAAUUCAUAACGCCAGGAAACGACGGCGCGGGUAUCUGCGAUAUGGAGCACUGCGGAACAUCGCUAUGUAUGACGAGUGAAUUUGAUGCUGAUGGUAAUUGCCGAGUUGAAACAUCAGCCACUCCAUUUAACAUCAGGGUGGCGUUUGGUAUGGGUGAUCAAAACAACACAUAUCCUGUUGAUAUGACGGGCAUGUGUCUCAACUACGAACAACUUGAAUGUGCUGCCUAAAAUCCUAGUCUUUAUUUUUUAUAUUUUUUUCUUUUCUUCAUUAUACAAUAUAUAUAUACAUAUAUAUUUGUAUUUCUACCCUCGUAUUUCAUCCCUUAAAUAUUUACACUAUGACAUUGAUAAAGUGUAAAUUGACAUUAAGUGCUCAUUACUCCAGUUAUAUUUGUAUAUAUAUUUAAUAUUAAAAUAGAUUGUAAUUUAUUUUAUAUUUAUAUUUAUGUUAUUAUUGUAUGUAUAUAAAUAUAUAUUGACUUAUAUUUAUUUUUAGUCUAUUAAAUUUAAUGAUAAAUACACAGAAAAAAAAAUUGCUUGGCGCAAAAAAUUUUUUCUUGCCAAGAAAUUUUUUGUUUCAUAAAUUAAAGAAAAAAAUUUUCUUAAGAAAAAAAUUUUUGUUUGGCCUCAAAAAUUUUUAUUUGCACGAAGAAAUUUUAUGUGAAUUUAAAACCAGAAUUUUCUGGGGUCGAGAAAAUCUUUAUUGGCGUGAAAAUUUUUUCUUGUGUCAAGAAAAUUUUUAUUUGUCCCAAGAAUUAAAAACAAGAAUUUUUUUGGAUCGAAAAAAUUCUUAGUGCAAAAAAUUUUUUUUUCUUCACAGUGCAAAAAUUUUGUCAAAUUCAAAUUUUUUUGGCGCCAAAAAAUAUUUUUUUCUUCACAGUGCAAAAAUUUUGUCAAAUUCAAAUUUUUUUGGCGCCAAAAAAAUUUUUUUUUCUUCACAGUGCAAAAAUUUUGUCAAAUUCAAAUUUUUUUGGCACCAAAAAAUAUUUUUUUUCUGUGCACGUAUUUAAGGAGGAUAGCCAUUGUGAGGAUCGAAAAAAUAGGUGAUUUUUGGGAAUUUUUUUGACUGGAAUAAUAAAGGAAUUCGGGGAUCGGGUUUUUUUGUUUUACAAAGUGUACAUUGAAGAUAAUUCUCCUAAAUUUUUAUUAAAAAAUAUCAUGUUGUUACAAAGUUAUAAGCAUUUUUGUGGAGCACCAAAAAAAUUUCCCCCACCACGGUGUCAUCUCUAACUCAAAAACGGAUUAUCAGAAACAAAAAAACCAAACGGCGUUGUAAUCUGUAUGCAUGUGGUUAUCGUUCCACAUAGGGGAUUUUGAAAAUUUGGAUUUGAAAAAAAAUGGCGACAUAUUAAAAAUUUUUUCGUUUUUUUUUCUCAUUUUUUUGGAUUCAAACAGCCCUAAAAAAUCUUAAAAAUCAAAAUUUUAAAAAUUCCCUACGUGCAACUUUAGCUACUGAAUAGACGAAUACGAAAAAAAAAAAAGUUGCGAAUAGGUUCAUAUUUAUGAAAAUUACAGAUGCCACCAGUACAAAAAAAGUAGUUUUGAGAAAAACGCGUUUAAAGUUUUUAGUCGAUGCAACGGUCAGUUAACGUGCUGUCACAAAAAUUACUAUAACUUGAAAAAUAUUCGGAAUUUUCAUAUAAAACUUUAGAUACAUAUUUUUGAACAUAUAAACUUUGAUUUAAUAAAAAAAAAAAAUUUUUUUUUUUAAAUUUCACAGUGGCUAUCCCCUUAAUAAUUACGCUCCCAGAUAUGACCUCUCAGUUUAUCGAUUUUCGAAUAAUCUUAUAUUCUCACUAUCAAUAAUUUAAAUCCUCAGAAUAAAUUAAAUUUCAGGAUAAAGGUUUUAAAAUAAAAUAAACUUUUUUUUUUUUUUUUU